GUCUUCUGAAUGUGAUACCACCACUUCCACAUAUGCCUGCUCUGUUCUAAUUACCUAGUCUGUCUUAGUUAUCUCAGUCUCCAAUUGCCUAUAAAUUGCAACCUUUGCAAUCCCUUCUGUCAUAUAGUUGUUUCUUCAGACACUGGAUAUUUCUCCAAUCCUGCAGGUUUGUGCAGAAUCAUUUACGUACCAUCAUGAGGACCAUACUUGUCAUAAGCGUUAUCGGCUUUGUGUUGAUGGUGGCAUCUCUGCAAGCUGCUGCUAAUCGGUUUGUUCUGAACGAGCGUCACUUGGCUCAGGUCAAGACCGACCCAAAUCAGGGUCGAAGCGCUGAGGUUCUUAGUGGCGGUGCAAAAGACCAGUCCCAGUCUCAGCCCCGGACCACAAACAAGGGUAGCAGCAACAGCGAUGCUAAGCAUGAUGUUCAAGCCGACGACAAUGCAAAUGAGAGUUAUGGUAAUAAACCGGAACAGGAACUCAAUAGCAUGGGCCAAAUAUCCAAAUUACAGAUAUUGGAAUGGCGCGUGUUUGAUUUCAUCAGAAUUUUAGACGGUAAUCAGCUUUUACUAUGUAUGUGUGUUUGUAUUGAACCGUUUAUGCUAUUCUGUUAA